UAGUUCGGGCCAUCGCGCGGCGGGCUCUGGUCCCGCGGCGGCCGCAGCGCAGCCCCGGUGUGCGUCCUCGGUGCGCGCCCCUCCGCGCGCGGCCCCGAUGCUGGACAUGAGCGAGGCCCGUGCCCAGCCGCCCUGCAGUCCGUCCGGCACCGCCAGCUCCAUGUCGCACGUGGAGGACUCGGACUCGGACGCACCGCCGUCCCCCGCCGGCUCCGAGGGCCUGGGCCGCGCGGCGGGCGCGGGGGGUGGUGGCCGGGGCGACGCGGCCGAGGCGGCGGACGAGCGCUUCCCGGCCUGCAUCCGCGACGCCGUGUCGCAGGUGCUGAAGGGCUACGACUGGAGCCUGGUGCCCAUGCCGGUGCGCGGCGGCGGCGGCGGCGCGCUCAAGGCCAAGCCACACGUGAAACGGCCCAUGAACGCCUUCAUGGUGUGGGCGCAGGCGGCGCGCCGCAAGCUGGCCGACCAGUACCCCCACCUGCAUAACGCCGAGCUCAGCAAGACUCUGGGCAAGCUGUGGCGUUUGCUGAGUGAGAGCGAGAAACGCCCCUUCGUGGAGGAGGCGGAGAGGCUCCGCGUCCAGCACAAGAAGGACCACCCGGACUACAAGUAUCAGCCGCGCCGAAGGAAGAGUGUGAAGACGGGCCAGAGCGACUCUGACUCAGGCGCUGAGCUGGGCCACCACCCCAGCAGUGCCAUGUACAAAGCUGACGUGGGCCUCAGUGACACACACCAUCACGGCGAUCACACAGGGCAGACCCACGGGCCGCCCACCCCGCCCACCACCCCCAAGACGGACCUGCACCACGCUGGCGGUGGGGGCAAGCCUGAGCUGAAGCUGGAAGGGCGCCGCCUGGUGGACAGCGGCCGCCAGAACAUCGACUUCAGCAACGUGGACAUCUCGGAGCUCAGCAGCGAGGUCAUCAGUAACAUGGACACCUUCGAUGUCCACGAGUUCGACCAGUACCUGCCCCUCAACGGCCACUCGGCCAUGCCUGCAGAGCCUGGCCAGGCUGCCACCGUCUCCUAUGGGGGCACCUCCUACUCACACAAUGGGGCGUCCCCCGUGUGGGCCCACAAGGCUGCUCCUUCAGCCUCAGCUUCGCCCACCGAGGCGGGUCCCCCGCGGCCACACAUCAAAACGGAGCAGCUGAGCCCCAGCCACUAUGGCGACCAGCCACACGGCUCGCCUGGCCGCUCCGAUUAUGGCUCCUACAGCGCCCAGGCCAGCGUCACCCCAGCUGGCCCUGCUGGGGCUGCCAGCUCCUUUGCCAGCUCUCAGUGCGACUAUACCGACCUGCAGGCCUCUAACUACUACAGCCCGUAUCCCAGCUACCCGUCCAGCCUGUACCAGUACCCCUACUUCCACUCAUCCCGCCGGCCCUACGCCUCACCCCUGAUCAACAGCCUGUCCCUGCCACCCGCCCACAGCCCCCCCAGUAACUGGGACCAGCCUGUGUACACCACCCUGACCCGGCCCUGAGGGCGCUGUGCCCACAGGGAAGGGACUCACAUGGCAGAGGACAACCUUUUCUCAACAAAGACCAGGCGUCGGGUCUCCUGGAAGGUGUGUGCCGGCGAGGGGGUGCCCGCCCGGCCGCGCUCUGUCAAGUGCCUGCUGAAGUCUGUGUGAAUCCAGGCUUUGUCACCACGUCCCUCUGCCUCCAGGCCUGCAGACUUUUGCCAGCAGACAGAACUCCCUUUUCCUCCUCUCUCUCUUUGAGGCGAUUAGUGAUUUUGAAAUGAAGGAUGACUGUUUGGUCCCUCUUCUGUGAGGACCUUGAUUCUGCAUCUCAGCAAAUGAGAAAUGACAGCCACAGCACAAAGGACAGACGGGGGGUAUAGGCGUGAGGUCUCCAGGCCCGGGCAUUCUGUGGUCCUGGCCAGCAUUGCUUUUAGAACCCCCAGUGCUGACGGAGGAUGAGCCUGCGACGACCGCAUGUCUGCAGACGGGCAUGCGUCCAUGCCCACCCGCGCAUCUGUUAGAUCCGAGGUGUUCCUUGUAGUGAGAUUCUUCCGAGAAAGGUUUGGCUGUGAUUAACACUUCUCUUUUAUUUUUUUGGUAAUUUUUAUUUUUGAAGCUUAAACGUGUUUUGAAAGCUGUUAAAGAUGUAUUUAUGUUCUGUAUUAUUUUAUCAUUAACUAAUGAAGUAAUUUGUGCAGAGAGUAGAAUUUAAGAGAAAGUAAAAGCUGGGGAAUGAAAAGCUGCUGGA